AUGCCGGACGUCCUGGGCGGCGCCGGAGGGAAGAAGAGGCAGAAGAAGCAUGCGGAGGAGAAGAAGUCGUUCCGACCCGGGGACCUCCCGCCUCGACGCGGGCGGGAGUGGAACCCGGGCGCGGGCCCUCGUCCCGAGAGGGAUGAAAAAAAGCGAUCCGGCGACGAAAACGACGGCGGCGGCGGCGGCGGCGGCGGCGGCUCCGACGCGCGACUGAGCAACGUGUGGUACGAGGCGAGCGAGACGCUCGCGCUCCCGCCCGCGGUCGCGAAGCGCGCGAAGGAGCCGUCGCAGCGCGAGAUGGACGAGAAGGAGCGCGUCGCGCGAGGCGCGCUCGAGGAGCGGACCGCGGCGUACGAGAGGCUGCAGGCGCGAGGGAAUUCCGCGGACACGAGAUGGCUGAGCGCGGUGCGCGCGUCCGGCACCGCCGCGGAUAAGAUCGCGGCCGCGACCGUCCUCGCGCAGGAGGACCCGGUCGCGAACUUGAAGUCGUUGGAGUCGCUGCUGUCGCUGCUCGAGAAGGCGCGCGUCAAGGGCGGGAAGCGCGGCGCCGUGCAAGCCGUCGCGGCGUUGCAGGAACUCUUUCGCGACGCGCUUUUACCUCCGGACAGAAAGCUGAAGUACUUCAGCGAGCAGCCGCUAACGCGCGCCGCGGACGCGCCGAACGAGCGCAAGCGCCUCAUGUACUGGCACGUGGAGGAUCUCGUGAAGCGCGCGUAUUCGCGCUUCGUGAACGCGCUCGACGCGUUGUCGCGGGAUCCGCUCCCGGUGCUCAAAGAGAAGAGCGUCAAAGCCGCGUACGAGCUGCUGCGGUCGAGACCGGAGAACGAGAAAGCGCUGCUGGACGUAAUCGUGAACAAGCUCGGGGACCCGCAGCGGCGGACGGCGUCGAACGCCGCGCACUUUUUGCUCGAGAUCGUGAGCAAGGAGCACCCGGCGAUGAAACGCGUCGUCGCGAGAGAGGUGGAGGCGUUUUGUUUCCGGCGAGGCGUCGGGCUCAAGGCGCAGUACUACGCCGCCGUGUUGCUGAAUCAGUUCCCGCUGAACCACGGCGAGGACGGGAAGAAGCUCGCGUCGCAGCUCGUGGAGUUUUACUUCUCGCUGUUCAAAGAGGCGAUGGAGAACCCCGGAGGCCAGGGCGACGACGACGGAGGUAAGGGCGGCGCUAAGAAGGCGCGGUGGAAGGACGGGAAGAAAUCCAGCGGCGGCCGCGGCGGCAGGGGCGGCCGCGGCGGCAGGGGCGGCGGCGGACGAGGCGGAAGAGGCGCCGCCGGACGAGGAAGAGGCGGCGGACGAGGCGGGAAAAAAUACGGCGACGUCAAACUCGCGCCCGCCGCGGCGCUCGGCGCGGGCGUCGACGCGCGCGUCGUCUCCGCGCUCCUCACUGGCGUCAACCGCGCGUUCCCGUACGUCGACCCCGACGCGGUCGAGCCGCUCGUGGAGAAGAUCUCGCCGUCGCUCUUCGCGAUCGCGCACUCGCCGAACCUCGGCGGCGCGCUUCAGGCGCUCGCGCUGUUGCUGCAGCUCCUCUCCGCGCGAAACGCGGUGAGCGAUCGAUUUUACCGCGCGCUCUACGCGACGAUGACGCACCCGUCCGCGUCGCGCUCGAGCAGCGCGGCGGCCGGGCAGCUCCUGUCGCUGACGUUUCGAGCGCUGAAGGACGACCCGAACCCAUCGCGAGCCGCGGCGAUGAUCAAGCGGCUGCUGCAGGUGGCGAGCCACGCGCCCGCGCCGUUCGCGUGCGGCGCGCUGAUGCUGACGUCGGAGUUUUUGAAGCUCAAGCCGGGGCACUGGGACGCGGUGCGUCAGCCGAGGGAGGGCGCGGACGCGGACGACGUCGAGACGUUCGUGGACGAGGACUCGGAGGACGACGAGGACGAGAAGACGCGACGCGACGAGAAGAAGAAGAAGAAGAAGAAGCGCGGCGGCGGCGGCGAGGAGGAGGACGGGGACGAGGGGGAGGACGACGACUCGGAAGACGCCGCAGAAAACGAAAAUUCGGACGAGGACGAAGACGCGCGACGCGGCGUGCGAGCGCGCGAGGCGUCGGCGAACCGCUACGACAUGCACAAGCGGGACCCGCUGUACGCCAGGGCGGACACGUCGUGCUGGUGGGAGCUCGCGCUGCUCGAGAGAAACGUGCACCCGUCCGUCGGCGCGAUGGCGCGGAGUCUGCUGUACGGCGUCAACGUGGAGUACCUCGGCGAUCCGCUCGCGGACAUGACGCUCGCGAGCUUCCUCGACAAGUGGCUGCAGAAGAAGCCGAAAAAGAUGAAAAAAGCCGGCGCGACGGGGGGAUCGAGCGCGAUGAUGAAACGAAGGGACGCGGCGGAGCUCGAGGCCGCGGCGGCGGUCGCGCCCGGGACGGCGGAGUUCGCCGCGCUCGCGGAGGAGCGCGUCGACCCGAGCGAGGUGUUUUUCCAUCGCUUCUACGCGAACAAGGCGGAGGGCAAGUCGGGGAAGAAGAAGGCGGCGGAUAAGAAGAAGGCGGGAAACGACGACGACGACGACGACGACGACGAUCUCGGAGGCGGUGGGUCCGAGUCCGAGUCCGACGACGACGCCACCGCGGAGCGACGGAAGAAACUCGCCGCGCGCGCCGGGAUCGAGGGGUUCGAGAACGAGGACGACGAGGCGGACUCGGACGCGGACGACGUCGACCUUGGCGACCUCGAACUCCCAUCCGACGACGACGACGACGACGAGACGGCAGAUGGAGCCGCCUCGACCGUCGUCGCCAAGGGGGUCAAGGGGAAGGACCUCGACGCGCGGAAGGCUGGGUUCGGCGGCGACGAGGACGAUGAGAUGGACGCGGUGCUCGAGCGGGAGGAGAAGAGGGAAGAGCGCGCCGCGGACGCGGACCGGUUCAACUACGACGCGCUCGCGGCGGCGUACGGCGCUAAGCCCGGGUAUCUCAUGGCGGGGUACUUCAAGAAGCAGACCGAGGUGGGUUCGGACGGCGACGACGACGACGCGGAGAACGCGGAAGACGCGAGCGGCGACGACGGGAGCGAGGACGAGGACGAGGACGGCUUCGUGAAGGGCUCCGACGCCGUCAAACUGUGGCCCGCGGUGGAGGGCGACGGCGAGUCGGAGGACGAGGAAGAGGAGGAGGAGGAGGAGGAGGAGGACGACGACGACUCGGAGAAGGAGGAGGACCCGUUCGACGCCGCGAUGAACGCCGCGCUCGAGGCGGACGACGACGACGAGCCGCCGCCGAACGAGGACGUCAGCUUCGAAGGUUCCAUGUCAGAAGACGACGACGACGACGAAGAGGAGCCCCCCGCCCCCGCCCCCGCGUCCGCGAAGAGGGAGCCGAUCACCCUCACGGCGGCGGCGCCCGGGAAGGGGAAGAAAGGAGGGGGCGCGUCGCUGAUCGGCGACGCCACGUUCGCGUCGUACGACGACUACGAGGCGAUGAUCGAUGAGGAUUUCAGCGAACACCCGCCCGCGGGGGAGGACGACGGGGAGGACGACGGCGACGGCGGCGGCGACGACGACGACGACGAAGCGCUCGCCGCGGCGUUGGGACUCGAGGACGAGGACGAGGACGGCGAGGACGAGGAAGAAGAACCGCCGGCGAAGAAGAAGGCGCCGACGCCGCCCGCGAAGCGAGUGACGCGGUCGUCCGCGAAACGUCCGAGCAGCGCGAAGGGAUCGGGGUCCGCGUCGAAGAAGAAGCGCGGCACGUAGGCAUUCAAUGAAUAACGGACAUAAAAAAUUGACUAUUUAAA